UGCCUAUCAAAUUUCAGCACUCACUGGCAAGUCUCUGUGCUUGCCCUGCCAAAUCUCUCCGAGAUCGACCAGUUUGCCUACGGCAGAAAUCACAACAUCUCAAAAUGUAGACAGAAUGGUUGACGUUACGAUUCUGACCGAAUCAACAGCUGGUUGGAAAUGCGAAUGGUCAUAAUUGCCAAUAGACCUUGCUGGCAUUAGCAUCUGUUGAAAGGCACAUCCACGCAAUAGGAAUUACACAGAACACCAUAAAAACCAGGCGUCUUCCUAUUAUCCCCUUCAAAAUUACCCGAUCCCAUAUCGCACAAGUCACAAACAAUGCAUUUCCCCUGUGCAAUUGUCCUCGCCGUCAUUACUGUCUUAACAUCACCAAUUUCUACCAUGCCCAUUACCAGUAAUUCCACGGCUUCCGCCCAAUGCGCAUUCAAGUUUUGCUUUUUUGACUCACAAUGCAUAAAUCGACCCUGCGUUCAUGAAUGCGUGCGUAUCAGCAUUUUCCUGGAAAUUGAUAACAUGACUUAUCUAUAUGGCAGGGCACUUUUAUCUGCAUAGUGAGUCGUGUUUUUGCUUUCACAUCGGUGCAGUAUGGCCGUUGACACUGAUGCGCGAGUUACUAGUGAUUUGUAGAGUUGAUCAACGUUCAACGCGCAUCAAGAAAAAUGUCCGCAUGGCUCUUUGCAUAUUGAAGUUG